AAUCACGGUCCUAGUAUAUGAUAUUGCCCCUGGCGCAUUUUAGCAUCGGUCUCUACGGCCGGAUCGCUGUGCCCUAAUACUCCAGUCCUCGCUCUCGGCUACUCCUCCUCCUCCUUCUUCUCUCUCUCUACGGCGAAAUUUCGAUCGAACUGAAGCCAUUUUGGCGGAUAUUUUGUAGGUUGAGGUGCGGAUGGCGAGUUCUGUGGACGCGACGGGAGAGCCCAUCCCGACCUCGGCGGUGCUGAUGGCGUCGUCGAAGCACAUUGCCACGAGGUGCAGGCCCGAGAAUGUGGCGUUCCUCAAGUGCAAGCAGAAGGACCCGAACCCCGAGAAGUGCCUCGAGAAGGGCCGUGAGGUCACUCGCUGCGUGCUCGGCCUGUUGAAGGAUCUUCAUCAGAGAUGCACAAAAGAGAUGGAUGAUUACGUGGGUUGUAUGUAUUACUAUACAAAUGAGUUCGACUUGUGUCGCAAAGAGCAACAAGAAUUCGAGAAAGCCUGCCCGUUGGAGUGAUUGACGGAUGGUGCCAUCAUUAAUAAUCUCGCGGCAGCUCGCAUCGAGCAAGACGUUCUUUUGACAAAAAAUUCGGAAGUGCAUUGUUUCCUUGAGCCAUUUCUCUUCCAUAAAUUUCGUUUGUCCUAGUACUUUCAAGCUGAAGAGCCUCAUCCACCGGUUUCAGGCAUGUAUUAUCACCAUGACUUCAUGGUCGGAAUGAGUGGCAAUUUCUUUUUUAUGUCUGGCACUUUACUGAUCUCUCUCUCCCUCUGUUCUUCUAUUCAUUUCUUGGUUGCUUGAUUGAAA